AUGUCGACAAAUACUAGGAACCAAAGCGAUGCGACGGUCCCUCCGUCUCCAGGUCCGGUAACCCCAACUCCCCAGAAAGGGCCCACCGAAUCGGAUCUACUACCUGUACUGCCUCCCUUUUCGGAGAGAAAAGGGAACGUUGAGACUGCAAUGUUUGUGAAUCUUGAUACAAAAGAAACUAUGAUAUACCCUCUUCAUACAAAUGAACGAUUUCCAGAUUGGCCUACCCUCCAGAAAGAGCAGUGGGCGAUCAGAAAGGCCCUUGCGGAGAUGAUGCUAGAUCAAAAGUUUAGCGAACGUUACAAGACGUCGAGGCUCCACCGCCAACUUACGCAGUCAAUAAGGCAUGACGAAGAUUCGACCGGCAGGUUAUCAUGGCUCCCAAGCGGUGUUCUAUUCCGCAUCUUUAAUGAACUAGAUCCGUUAAGUCUUUUGGCGUUGGCCGUGACGAGUUUUCGGCUUUUGAAAUUGACCGCACCACAUGUUCAAGAUCUUAUACUACCACAGCAUAUCGGUUCAUGGGCUGGGAAUCGUGUACAAUAUCUCCAUGUGGUGGUCGAUGGCAGUCUCCACUUCCAACGAAAGGGUCGUACACCGGCCUAUAUUGAAAACUUCGUCAACUAUAGGCGCUGGACUAAAGGACAUCGAAUAGUCGAACCACCCCGCAGCUUUUGCUUCACCCUGGGGAGCGAAGGAUCUUACGAAGCAGAAAAGAUUUUCGCCACGAUUAUGGCCCAAGUUGAAAGAUACCCUACGAGAUUGAAUGCAAUCGAAGACUUCAUUUCUCACUUGCGGGACCGCGACGAGUUUUGGCUGUCCUUCCACCAGGAGAAAAAAUAUUGGUUUAACAAAAUUGAUAAUUCCGCGUUCGACUCUGGAGAGGUCACGGCGUUCGAUCUAAGCAAAUGGGUGCUCGCAUCUGGGCCUGGGAGUUUAGAUGAGAAUAGCUUGCCUAGUUCGGUCUUCCGACGUAGCAUGUACUUCUUGGGAGGAGACAGCUUCUUCUCGAAGUCGCAUUUGGCAGGGGAACCAUGGAAGAUUGUGCCGUGUGAGGACAACCAAGACGACACCCUCAGGCUAGUACCCCUGCAACGAGCGGAGAGAAGACAAGAAAUGCUUGAAGACAUUCUGCUGAGGGAAGAAGGUGGACGACUAUCGAAGGUACCCAGAGGCAAGGAUGUUCUUGCUGAAGAAGAAGAAUUCUCUUACCGCUCUAAUCCGGAUUCCAGAAGAAAAGUCGCUGUAUCCCAGCAGUACAAUAAGAAAUCGAUCGGAGCACGCGCGUUAAUGGUUCUGGUGGCUAUCUGCUGGGCUGUACGGGCUGGCGUUUUCCCAGAACUGUGGUAUUUUGUAACCCUUGGCUGGUGGCUUUUCAUGGGUAAGGAAAUUGAGGGAGGUAUACAAAUUUAA